CUCAGAAUCAAUUUAGCUCCAGACGCGACUCCCUGUUGAUCUCGCGACGCGAGGCAGAAACCAUCAUCAUCGCUCGACAUAACUGCACGCCUUCGCCCGCCACAUACAUGCAACCAAUCCGCAACAAAAAUCACAAUGCCUGAAGGUGCUUCUGAUAAGCUCUUUGAGAACUGCCGGUUUGGAAUCGUUGUCAACAGAGAACUUCCGCGCUCUCAAGCCUUGGAGUUGACGGAAAUCAUUGAAAGCCACAGCGGCGAGGUUGCGGAUCUCGAUGACAAGUUUCUAGUUGAAAAUGUUACGCAUAUCAUUUCCGCGACGAGCGACUUUCCUCAAUAUGCGGACUCUCGACAACACAUGAUUCCGGUCGUUGUACCUGCUUGGGUUUCGCAAUCCCUCUUGAAGGGCAAAGAGGCGCCUAUGCGUUCGUAUACGCCAGAUCCCAAAAACAUAUUUGCUGGUGUGACGAUCUCGUGCGCCGAUAUUCCCACCGGCGACAAAGAUGCCAUUAUAGGCGCGGUUUUGGCCAUGGGUGGCAUGGAAACAAACAACCUUACGAAGGCGACUACCCAUAUUUGCGCGUUGUCUGUCGAUCACCCAAAGUGUCAGUCAGCCAGAGAGAAAAACCUAAAGUGCAUGGUUGUGCUGCCUCACUGGUUUGAUGACUGCCUGAAACUUGGCAAGCGCAUCGACGAAAAGCCAUAUUUGCUUCCUGAUCCAGAAAUUUUCACGUUGAAACCAGAGGCAGAUCUUCCCAUGCAGUCAUCUGCGAGCAUCCAUGGAGCUACUACAGCCCUCCCUGAAUCCUUGUUGCUUUCAACCAAUUCGCCAGUCCGACCCCUCACUAUUUUCAAGGACAAGAAGGUGAUGAUUGCUGGAGAGCUCGAUCUUAGCAACCGGAUUUUGAAAGUCAUCGAGGACCUUAUUGUCAAUGGUGGUGGAAGUAUCACGACUUCUGUUCACAAUGCUGACAUGUAUAUAUGUCACUGGCGCGAAGGUAGAGAGUAUGUUUUCGCCUCCCGUGCUGGGAUCGAUGUUGGCAACCUCUCUUGGCUCUAUUAUCUAAUAGCCAACAACGAAUGGACUUCGCCACUCAAAAGACUACUUCAUUAUCCUCUUCCCAAGGAUGGUAUUCCCGGGUUCAAAGACCUUCGAAUCACACUCUCGAACUAUGGCGGCGAAGCACGAACAUACUUGGAAAACCUUGUCACAGCCUGUGGUGCUGAGUUCACUAAGAGCAUGAAGCAAGACAACACGCAUCUUAUUACAGCCAGAAACGGAAGUGAAAAGUGCGAUGCAGCGAAGGAAUGGAACAUUGAGAUGAUAAACCAUUUGUGGAUCGAGGAAAGCUACGCACAGUGUGCUAUCCAGAAGCUCACCGAGCCAAAAUACACUCACUUCCCCCCAAGGACAAACCUAGGGGAGAUCAUUGGGCGUACGCAAUUCGAAUCCUACAUUCUGGAAGAGAAAUACUAUCCCAGAGAUCCAACACCAAGUCCAGGUGAUCCUAAGCCACUUAGACGUCCGAUCAUGCACGAGAAAGAUCGAAACGCAAGCGCAAGGAAGUCCAACGGUGACACUGCUGUGGCAGGAAAAGGGACCGAUGAAAGCCCUGUCAAGCCUGCAAGAAAGGGUCCAGCCCCCAGAAAAGCCAAGUCGUUAGGAGCAGUCCCACCAGAGACCCCAGCAACAAAGCGGAGAGCAAGUGCAGGCAAGGAGAAUGAUACCCCGAUAUCCACAGGCAGCCGAAGCGCAAAGAAUAGGGCCAUGUCAAGGUUGAAUGAAAUCGCUCCAGAUAUUGCUUUGUAUGAAAAGGAGAAGAAGCGAAAGGGCUCUGUCUGGGGAGGAGAGCGAGCUGCCAAUAACUACGAGAAGCAGAAAUCAGCGGAACGCAGCUCCAGUCCGGUGCAGAAGAACGUGCAAGAUGAAUUUUCUGAAGACGAGGAGGUGGAGGAAGAGACUCGAAAUCCCAAACGCCAACGGACAGGACUCCCGCCACCGACUAUUCGUCUACUAAUCACCGGUUACAAAGACUGGAUUGGCAACAUUAGCAAAGAAGAAAGUGACAAGAAAAAGAUGAGAGAGCUCGGAAUCCUCGUAGUAACAGACCCUCUCAAAUGUACACAUCUCGCAGCUCCACAUAUCGUCAGAACGCAAAAGUUUCUAUGCGCUCUUGCCACAGGACCAACGAUUGUCAACUCGAAUUACAUCAAUCAAUGUGUGAAGACUCACAAGGUCCCGAAAGCUGAGGAUUUCCUGCUGAAAGAUGUGGAGAGUGAGAAGAGAUUCGGAGUAAAGUUGAAGGAUGUUAUUGCCAGAGCGAACAAGAACAAACGCAAACUUCUACUCCGUGUUCCUAUUUACUGCACUCAGAACAUCGAUAACCCUGGAAUAUACCAGUCAAUCGUAGAAGCAAAUGGAGGCACAUUCGCAGAGUAUCGCGGACGACCUAUGAUCAAGAAGAUAUCUGCUGAGAAAGAUGAUGGCCCGGCAGAGCCAGUCUACCUGCUCACUGGCGAGCAUCCAGAGGAACGAAAGCUCUGGCCCAAGUUUGAAGCGAUGGCCAGAGAUGGAAAUAUGAUCCCGAGAAUUGUGCCAGUGGAAUGGCUCUUGGAUGUUGCCAUGGCCCAACAACAUAAGUGGAGUGACAAUUUCUUGGUCACGAGGAAGUAGUUGACUUCAGGCUAUCAAUGAUUGCUGUAUUGUACUUGUUCUUGGAGCCCACGCAGUCACGGCUUUUGUAUGGUAAUACCCUGUAUUUGGAACGGGUCAUGAAGGUCCUAAGGGACAUCGGGUAUUCUAGUAACAAUAGAAUCAUGCGUCUCAAAUCAUAAACUCCUUCCCGAUGCAUCUCGUACAUGGUAAUGAAUUCACCAACCAAAUCCCUAGAAAAAUUUGACACCUUGUUGAUCCUCCUGUCCGAAUACCUGUGCCUUUCCUCGCCUGACCAGCACACCUAAAGCCUUUUGUAAUAAGUCUGGAUCCAUACCAUGGAAAUCUGAGUUUCGUGUCAGCGAGUUACAAUCCACCAGCGCUGAAUUUAACUACCUUGAGAUAUCGUCGCCUCACUUUCCGUCAACUCAUACAGCGUCAACACUGUAUUCUUCUGAGCCGUUUCGUCAACCUGAAAACCAUAUCAGCACUCCAUCUCACCCACCCAUACGACACACUGAAGCUAUAACUCACCCACUCCGCAAUCAACCCCGCCCACUCCUCCACAUCCCUCCACCAAACCCAGAACACACUUCCCUCUCCCGUCCCCCUCCCUCCCCCCUUCCCAUCAACAAUCCACUCCGCCCUCCCCUCCUUCCGCAUGAACUCGACCACUUCCUUCGCAUCCUCGCGACUCAACCGUUUCCCUAUCGCUUUAUUAUAGAACAAUUCGCUGUCGAGGGCUUCGGAGAGGGAGAGCUUGAAGAUCUUGUGGUGUCGGCAGUAGGAGAGGAUUAGGGAUGACCAUUUUGUUAGUUGGGCAUGGUGGGUUGUGAGGUUCUUUUGGGCGGUGAAGAAGGGUGGGAAGGAGUAGUGGCGGGGGAAGGGGAAGGUUGUUGUUGUAGUGGUAUUUGGAGUGAAGGAUGAUGGAGGGGGUGGUAUUGAGUAGGAGGGUGCGGUUGAGGGGCUGUAGGAAGGUGUGUAAUUUGAUGUCAUGGUUUGCCGAUCGCGAAGUUCUGAGAGUGAAGCAAUAGAAGAUUGAGGAUGUUCAGAUGUUGUGCCUUGGUGGGGUUCAUGGACAUCAUCAGCCUUGC